CUGUAGGACCUGAACAGGAGCUGUGUACCGCAGCACUUCUCUGCUUUGGAGCACAGCCCACACUGGUGCAAUCAGCAUCCCACAAACACAAGCCAUCUGCAUGCACAGCAGUGACCACUGAAACCUUGGGGGACUUUUAUGUAAAAAAGCUCACACCAGCUUGAACCAUGGAUUUUUUUCCACUCGACGGAGAGUGACACCCCACGCGACCGAGCCCACUGCUGCAGCACUGAGCAGAAUAUUUUACUGCAGGAUGGAGAACGCUACCCUCACCAUCCAACUAGAAUUCAAUGGCUCCAAGGGAGAAGAACUGGCUAAGAUGCCUCAGAACUCCCUUGAAGUGCAGGUUAUAACAAUCCUCCUGGCACUAGUCAUAUGCGGGGUCGGCAUUGCAGGAAACAUCAUGGUGGUGUUGGUCGUGCUUCGAACCAAGCACAUGAUGACCCCAACAAAUUGUUACCUUGUGAGUCUUGCCUUUGCAGACUUAAUAGUCCUUCUCGCUGCCGGUCUGCCCAAUAUUUCUGAGGUGGUUGCCUCCUGGGUCUAUGGCUAUGCUGGCUGCCUCUGCAUCACAUACCUGCAAUACCUGGGCAUCAAUGUGUCGUCCUGCUCGAUCACAGCCUUCACCAUCGAAAGGUACAUCGCCAUUUGCCACUCAAUCAAAGCACAGUUCAUUUGCACCGUGUCCCGGGCAAAGAAGAUCAUCGCCUGCGUCUGGAUUUUCACCUCGCUCUACUGCAUCAUGUGGUUCUUUCUGGUCGACACAAACGAGACGGUCUACGCCGACGGCGUGGUGGUCAGGUGUGGCUACCGGGUCUCCCGAAACCUCUACAUGCCCAUAUACUUCUUGGACUUUACCUUGUUUUACGUGAUACCCCUCGUUGUGGCCACCGUGCUGUACGGUCUGAUUGCCCGGAUCUUGUUCAUGAGCCCCCUGCCGACCAACCCCAACGACAGAGUUGGGACUGACUCUAUCCACCAAGGGCGGUCCAACAGCACAGUCAAAGUGUCCUGUAAAUCAAACAAGGGAGCGAUGACGUCGAGGAAACAGGUUACAAAGAUGUUAGCGGUUGUAGUGGUCCUGUUCGCCCUUCUCUGGAUGCCUUACCGGACCCUCGUGGUGGUCAACUCCCUCAUGGACCCCCCUUACCUCAACACCUGGUUCCUACUCUUCUGCCGCAUGUGCAUCUAUAUGAACAGCGCCAUCAACCCCAUCAUCUACAACCUGAUGUCCCAGAAGUUCCGGGCCGCCUUCAAGAAACUGUGCAAGUGCAAGCAGCAGCACACCGAGAAGGUGACCAAGUACAACGUGCCAGUCUACUACAGCGUCAUGAAGGACUCGUCCCACGAGAGCCCUGAACAUGACGACACGGAGCAGGAGGACAUGAACAGCUACCCCGUCACCGGCAAGAAGGUCAACUUCACAGAAAAGUGCGGCGAAACAGGCACCAUGUUCAGCAUCGCCUGA